AUGGUGAACUACUAUCACCGUUUUCUUCCCCAUGGUGCCACCAUACUGCAGCCUCUCAACAGCUUGCUGACCCACUCCAAGAAGACACUAGUGAUGACCGAGGAGGCCGUCAGGUCCUUCAAUGACGUCAAGGCCGCACUUGCGGACGCAACAUUGCUUGCCCAUCCUCGCUCAGAUGCCCAACUAACUCUCAUGACAGAUGCUUCCAGCACUGCCGUUGGUGCGUCACUUCAGCAAACUGUUCGUGGUGUUCUACAGCCUUUGGCUUUCUUCUCGAAGAAGCUCAGCCCAGCAGAGACCCGCUACAGUGUCUUCGGCCGAGAACUCCUUGCCGUCUAUCUAUCCAUCCGGCACUUCCGCCAUUUCCUUGAGGGUCGUGAAUUUGUUGUUCUCACAGAUCACAAGCCACUCGUUUUCGCACCGAGGGCCUCUCCCGAUCGAUACUCGCCCCGUGAAAUCCGUCAUCUCGACUUCAUCUCACAGUUUUCCUGCGACAUCCAACAUGUCCACGGUAAGGAAAAUGUGGUUGCUGAUGCUCUUUCAAGAAUCGAGAUGGCUUCCAUCACAACAGACGCCAUAGACUUCACGCUCAUGGCUGAGGCUCAACACUCGGAUGGCGAACUUCCCCAAUACCGCCACGAGGACUCUUCUUUACGCCUUCAAGAUGUCCCCCUCCCCACUGGCACUGGCACCAUCACGUGCGACCUUUCUACCGGACACGAACGUCCUUUUGUUCCAGCAACUUUACGACGACAAGUGUUCAACGCUCUUCACAAUCUAUCCCACCCUGGAGUCCGGGCGACAGUGAAACUCAUCACUGACCGAUUCGUCUGGCCCAACAUCAACCGGGAUGUACGGCGUUGGACCCGCUCCUGUCUACCAUGUCAACGAUCCAAAACGCAUCGGCAUACUAUUACUCCGCCAGGAACUUUCGCCACCCCUGAUGCACGCUUCAGUCAUGUGCAUAUUGACCUGGUAGGUCCGCUGCCACCAUCUAACGGUUCUACCUAUAUGCUGACAUGUAUUGAUCGCUUUACUCGGUGGCCAGUUGCUGCGCCCAUUCCGGACAUCAGUGCCGAAACCGUAGCCAGAGCUUUCUUGACUCAUUGGGUGUCCAAUUUUGGAGUUCCUGCGACUGUCACCACUGACCGCGGAUCCCAAUUCGAGUCCACGCUGUUUCGUGAACUCACAUCCCUUCUCGGUACCAACCGAAUUCGAACAACAGCGUACCACCCUCAAGCAAAUGGUCUCGUCGAACGAUUCCAUCGACAGCUCAAAACUUCCCUUAUGGCCCAGCCCAAUCCUUCCCGAUGGUCGGAUCACCUUCCCCUGGUGCUGUUGUCCCUCCGUUCCACUCUCAAGGCCGACAUCGGUUGCACUGCGGCUGAUCCUGUCUACGGAACCUCCCUACGACUGCCCGGUGAGUUAGUUUCUCCCUCAAACAUGCUAACGUUUUUUGAACCUUGCAGUUAUGUGGAGCAGCUGCGUAGUGUCAUGCGCAAUCUCCGCGCAACGCCCCCUCGGGCGUCACCGGUCAAUUCCUUCAUCCCUCUCGACCUAGAUAAGUGCAAUUUCGUCUUGGUUCGGCAUGACGCUGUCCGACGACCACUCCAACCACCCUAUGACGGGCCGUAUAAAGUCCUUCGUCGAUCUGACAAAGAUGUUGUCAUCGACCGCAACGGCAAGACCGACACAGUCAGCAUUGAUCGCGUCAAGCCGGCGUUCAUCGACGACAGUGACCAUUCCUCACCCCAACACUGUACCCCGCCGCAAACAGUGCUGCCUCCACCUACUGGCGACAGCCCCCCUCCGGUUCGCCGCACACGAUCUGGUCGUCACGUCCACUGGCCCGACAGGUUUAUUGCUGGCUAG